AAAUAUCCACCCCGAUGAGUGUUCAUGUAAAUACGAGUGUUAAGUUUGCUACUCAUUUGGAGCAAAACCAUUCGACAAAUUGGCUACAUGAAAGCGCCGCGUGCGUAAUGGAGGAGAAGACAGAAACCGUACAUUUGCAGCCGAUAGCCGAGCCAACCAAAGAUGGCGUUCCCGCCAGUUUUGCCGACGACGACGACUAUGAUCCGCACGAGCACCGACAAGUGAACAGGCCCACGAAUGACUUCGAGACGCUAGUUCACCUGCUGAAAUGCAGCUUGGGCACGGGCAUCCUCGCCAUGCCGCAGGCGUUCGCGCGCUCCGGCCUCGUCACCGGCAUCAUCUCCACCGUCAUCGUCGGCGCGCUCUGCACUUACUGUUUACAUGUUCUGGUGCGUUCCCAGUACGAGCUGUGCAAGCGGCUGCGGGUGCCGCUGCUGACGUACCCGGAGUCUAUGGCGGCGGCGCUGUCGCGCGGGCCGCCCGUUCUGCGCGUGCUGGCGCGCCCCUCGGCGCUCGCUGUCGACAUAUUCCUCGUUGUCUACCAGCUUGGAAUCUGCUGCGUCUAUAUUGUCUUCAUUGCGGAAAAUAUUAAAGCGAUGGUCGAUGAUUACUAUGUGAUGGACGUGAAACUCCACAUGGUUAUUAUCCUGGGACCGCUGAUCGCAUUCAACUGUAUCCCCAAUUUGAAAAUUCUGGCGCCAUUCUCAACACUCGCAAAUCUAAUCACUUUCGUCGGCCUCGGUAUUGUGCUGUACUUUUUACUGGGGACCGAGAAGAAAUCACAAACGCCUUUGGACCUCUGGGGCUCCUUUAAGACAUACCCUUUGUUUUUCGGGACUAUUCUGUUUGCGCUUACUGCUGUGGGGGUUGUGAUCGCAUUGGAGAACAACAUGAAGACGCCCAAGUCUUUCGGGAAGCCGUUUGGCGUGCUCAACGUGGGCAUGACGUUUAUCGUGCUGCUUUACAUCGCCGUCGGCGCCAUCGGCUACGUGUUCUGCGUUGAGAAGUGCAGCGACUCCGUCACGCUCGAUCUCCCUCAGAACUCAUGGGUUGCGACGAGCGUGAAAGCGAUGUUCUCGGUGGCCAUUUUCAUUAGCUACGGGCUGCAGUGUUACGUGCCAGUGGACGUGGUGUGGAGCGGCUACCUACGCCCGCGGCUUCUCCAGUCGCACGCAUCGCAGCCCAAACUUGUCGCGUCGGAAUACGCCCUCCGGAUCGCACUGUGCCUUCUCACGUUCGUGUUCGCGGUGUCAAUCCCCCGACUCGGGUUGUUCAUCUCGCUGUUCGGUGCGCUGUGUUUGUCGGCGCUGGGCAUCUGCUUCCCGGCGCUGAUGGAAAUGUGCUUGUCGUGGGCGGACGCGGGCGCGACAGGCGACGGUCGCCUUCGUCGCCUCAAAGAUUGGCUGCUGUUCAUCUUCGGCAUCAUUGGCCUGGUCGUCGGCACCGCCACGGCGCUUCUCGCCAUUGUGGAAUCAUUCUAGACCCCGCCCGCACAGGCAAACUUAGAAAGUGCCUAUGCUUGCAUUUGCCAGAACACACACUUGUGCAAAUAGUGACACUGCUGACAGCUAGCUUUUGUUGUAGAUACCGUAGGAUUAAGAUACGUUAUAAUUAUUAUGUAAGUAUAGCAAUAAUUACUGUGAUUCACCAGAUUACUGAUAUCUAUAAUGUUGGCAAAGAUAUUAUG